AUGGGCCGUGGGUCUCGUGGCAGUGGGCAUCAACCUGCUCGCCGACCGACUGAUCUGACUGGAAUCAUUUCCGUCGCCGAAAGAAACGAUUUCGUCGCCCUUGUCAAUGCUAUUACCGACAGCAUGCAAAAGGAUAUGAGCAACCCGUUUGAUUCGCCUCCUGUGCGUCCCGACUUCGAUCUUGGAGGCCACGGACAGGGACAAUGGCUUUCGCUUCCUCUUCUCCGCCAUAGGCACGAGAACAAAGAGAACAUUUCGACCGUCAAUGGUUUUCACGGGAGUAUCCUAGACGACCGUUCCACGGCGUACCAUUCCAAGGCUCGCCAGACUGUCCAAAAGGAAGUCGCAGAAAAUUCCCAACCGCUCGGGGAACUGAAGAAAGAAAUACUCGGUUCCUUCAGAAAGUGGCAGUCCAACGUCUUGCAGAGGUUCACAGAAAUAAACGUCAACGAUGCGGCUGCUGCACCUUCAAGUCCUCGUGGUCGAGCACGCAGUGUGCGCGGCACGUACCGUGCUGGUCGUGGCGGCCGUGGCGGCAGAGGAGGCUCAGUCGCUUUGACACUUGCGACAGGACCACAUUGCGUUCCCACACGUCAUAUUGACCCCGACUUGGUCACAAGGCACCCUCCGCUUCCAAACCCUUUGUGGUCUCUGCACAUUGACAGGCGAAAGCUCCUACUACAUAUCGCGCUCCUGGUCCUCCUCUCGCUGCAAGACUACAAAGCAAACUCUAGGCUUCUUCUCGUUAAGCUUACCUCGUCCCUCAAUCUAUCUUUCAGAACCUAUCAGCUAGACGAAGCUCGAGUGGCUCAGGGGCUGGUGAGAGCGGCCCUUGACGCAUUACGCGAAGAAGAUGCCGUUAAAUCCGAUGAAACAAGGGCUCCUCGGAAGUUUAAAAUGGCCUUUGGCAAUGGCCCCGGGUCUUCAGGUCCUGUCAAUCUCGCAGCUGCAUUGAAAGACGUCGGCAUUGGUACCUGUAAGGGUGGCUUGGGGUUGCCUACAAUUGCAGCCGCGGGUUUGUUGGGAACCAUGGCCGAAAAUGGGAUUCUAAUGGGAUCUCUUUUCGGAAUCAACCCUGCAAGGCCAGUGAACAAGAUGCUGGAGACAUUCGCCAGAGAAAUCCAAGACUUUGCCUUUGUUCGGCUGUGUGACGGGAUCAACUACGAUUACAUCGACGCCAGAGAGUCCGCCGUCGGUCAUCGUAGACUUCGGGUUCUUAUUGCCGUCAGCGGAUUCAUGACCGGCCCCGAUGACGUCGUCAGACCUUGGCGGUCUCUCAACAGUCAGCCAGAAAUAUAUGCCAUUAGAUGGGAACAUGCUGCCCUGACGAAUCUCGGAAGCGCGCUCGAGACAGUCAUCAAGAGUACGGCUUGGGAAAGCGCUAAACGAGAGAUCAAGUCCAAAUCUAUUUUCAAAAGCCUGAUGACAUCUGCCUGGCCGGAGCCCCUCUUACGGAUCAGCAAAAUCGUGGACAACGCCUGGAGUGUAGGCAUGGUUCGGGCCGAAAAAGCGGGCGCCAUGCUCGCCGAUGCGCUCAUACGACACAAGUUUCAAGGCGAGCGGCCGGUGUCUUUGAUCGGAUAUAGUCUUGGUGCUCGCGCCAUAUACGCUUGUCUAAUGGUGUUGGCAGAGCGACGUCAGUUUGGAUUCGUUGAUUCCGUCGUUAUGAUGGGGGCCCCAUUUCCAGCCGAGAGUCGAGUUUGGUUGACUUUGAGGAGCGUUGUAUCUGGCCGACUAGUCAAUGUUUACUCUGAGCACGAUUACGUGCUUGGGUUUUUGUACCGCACAUGCAAUCUCCAAUUCGGUAUCGCCGGUCUACAGGAAAUCCAAGGAGCUGGUGGCGUGGAAAACCACUGCAUACAUGCGCUACCCAAGGGACAUUUGAGCUACUCGUCUCUGACUGGUCAUAUACUCAGGGAUAUCGGCUGGGAGGACUUUGAUAUGCACGGCUUCCGCAGGGAGUUUCCACCUCAGGAUAUGCGAAAGACUUUCUCACGGUAUCCGACCAGCCUGCCUCGCAGGGGCAGGCACAGGGGAUAG